GUUUGUUCAACCAGCUGACUGUGUCGAUAUUCUCACAUACAAUUAAACCUUCGUAACAUUGUGUAACACUGCGCAUUGAUGAGCUUGAACAUGUUAAACACUGGAUCAACGCGUGUCUUCAUUGGGCUGCUCGUGUUUCUUAAGAUAUCGGUCCACGAUACAGGUGCGGAAGUCCCUGCCGAAGUUCCCUUGCCGAACGGAUGCUGGGCAAUGGAUGAUCAUCACCUUGAGUGUGAGCAACCGGCGUUUCAAAAGACUAUUUCACUUAUGUGCGACGAGAGACAUGAUAAAGGUCACUGCCAGUCGGUGUCCUCCCCUUACAGGUACAGGCUGAUCAUCAAUGGCACGAAGUACCUUUCCGAAUUGGAAUUCAUUGACGGCUAUUGUUUUGGCGUGUGCGGCCGCGGAGCAUCUUGCUGCGAGCCAUUCCAACCAACCUUGCAUAGAAGGGUCAGUAAUUUUCAAGAUCUUUACGGUAGCACUAAGAGCGUCGAGUUUGCAUACUUGGCCAUCACUAAAUGUAAAUGUAAUCAUUGACGUCACCAAGGCGCCCUCGAAAAACACAGGUUGGCGUUCGAUACAACCAAACAUAAGAGACAAUAAAAUAUAAUGACAGUAAUUUACUUACGUUAUUCUUUCGGAAUGAUCAAUCUCUCCCGUGCUGCCACCUGUCCUUGGCUCCACUAACGUGCGAUUACAGUGUGCUGCAGAUGCUACCAAUACUAACGAUCCGAUCGUGACUGCCAAGUUUCCAACUCCAACAGUCACAGAAUCAACACACGGCGAAAUUGACAUUUGAUACGCGAUAUAUACGAUAUUGAACUCACGCAGAACUAAUUUUCAUGCGAUCCAAAUUGAUAAAGACAUUCAUGAACAGCGAAAUACUAUGUAUAAUGUAUACUCACGCGAUGCCCCGGGGCCAGGAGACCUAAAUCAAGGGGAACGAACACCAUCAAACACAUACGACACCACGAAAUGAUCAUCUCCGAGUGAAGUCCGUAUCCUCAUAAAAUCCUACUUCGAAUUCCAGCGUCCGAUGAUAGAUUUGUCAGUGAACUAUUGAGAGAUUUGCAAGAAGUCAGAAAAUCGAAAACUUCCUCUAUCGCGUCCCAUUGUAUGUGUGUCUUGACCCAAUUCUUUGAGCCGCAGCCUCUGAUUGGCUGAUGAAAAGGACUAACGUCGACCUUUUAGUGUCCGUUGCCACAACAACAACUUCAAUAUUGUACGGAGUGAUAGCAAGAACUUUUUUGGUGAUAAAAGGGGACGGUUUACUGCAUUUGAAAAACUCUCAGCCAGAGACUGGUUGAUUUGCUCAGAUAUUAGUUAUAUCGUCACAGAAGUCUUCUACGGUUUGAAUUCCGAUGUAUUGAACACGUUACCGAAGUCAUAUUCUCCCAGCGUCAAGCUAGCCCCAAAGUGAAAAACCACCUCGUGUAGGGCUAGGGAUAUUUUUUCGGCAUGGGGUCCUUUUCCGUUGAACUAGCUGGUUAAAUUACUGUAUCACACGCGGUGAAUAUAGGUUACGUUUGAAACUGUGUUUAUUAGGAAUUGAUACCGAACUGGAGGUUUUGGUUGUCUCACAAUCAAUACCGACAGUCAUGAGGUAUCAAUUUCGAUUCUAAAACAUCUCAAAUUAAAUAAUGAAUAAUGUGGUUUUAAAUGCUUUUGAAAUGCUUCCACAUUUCGUACCAACCCAAGCGGUUAUGGUUGCCUAACCAUAACCGCUGAAUUCAAAACGAGGCCUCAUUGGCGCAGAGUGCCUUUACACUGUAAUGUGCGGUUCAUUCUAAACCCAGUUGUUUUAGAAUAGUUACAAAAACGCCUCAUGCCACACUCGGUAUUCUCCUAGUCUCAAGGGUACUGGAAUUAUGAACGGCUAAUGUAAAACUGAGUUUAAAGUGUUUUGUUUACAAUACUCAUUUCCAUGAUCGACUUCAGAAUUGAAGAAUAAAGGAAAAUAACCCAAAUA